ACAUUCUGAUGCAAUCCAUUGAUUUCAAAGCACUUCGUUAGUAAGGCCCAAUAUACGCUCUAUAAAGCCUCAUACGCAAUCGUGGCAUUUGGGGUGAAUUACAACUACUCUGUCAUCACUCCAUUCACGUCAUCCACCAACAAGCCAUCUCCUCCCCACACAUACCCCGGCCCCGACUCGUGACUUCAACAUGGCUAACGUCAACGGAAACGCAUCGAAGAUUAAGCUGUACACGAACCAUAGUUGUCCGUGGGCACAUAGGGCGCAUAUCGUGCUGAAGGAGCUGGGAUUGGAGUAUGAUGAGGUUAUCAUUGAUCUUGAUAAGCCGAGGGAGGCCUGGUAUCUUGAGAUCAACCCGCGUGGACUCGUUCCCACCAUAGACAUCGAUGGCGAAAUCAUCACCGAGUCGGGCAUUGUUGCGCAAUUCCUUGCUGACAAGUAUCCCUCGCACCUGCUUCCAGCCUCUACUGAGGGCGCGCUCGCUCGCGCCCGGAUUAACUUCUUCGUUGAUGCAUGGUUCUCCAAAGCCGGUAGCUUUUGGUUCCAAAUUAUGAUGAAGGACACGGAGGAGGAGAAAGAGAAGCUUGGAGCAGAUUUCGUGAGCAUUGUGGGUAAGGAGAUCGAGCCGCUGCUCAAGAAUGCUGAGCCAUUCUUUGGAGGAAGCAAGAAAGUUACUUUGGCUGAGGCCCUGACUGCGCCCUUCAUCCUCCGCAUUUACGCGCUCGCCAAACAUGGUUUUCUCCCGCAAUCCAUCAUUUCCGGAUUCGACGCACUCCCCAAUUUCUCUAAGUGGGCGGCCGAGGUUGUCAAGCAGGAAAGUGUCACAUAUAUUUGGGACGACGCAACGAUCUCUCGAACUCAGAAGAAGGUCGAAAGUCUCAGGGCGCAAAAGGCUGGGUCAAAGUGAGCUCACGUCGCGUAAUGCGACGGCACAUAAUAACAGUGAUAAUCUUUCAAUUCAUUGCUCCAUAACGGCAGCGGAGGCACAUCUAUCUACAUGUAUCUUUGAGAAUAUUGUAUUGAGCGGAGUAAAGAACCUGGCCUGAUGCUGUGUCGUGCUUUUGUUUUCUCGGGAUAUCAUAAGGUAGGACUGAAAGC